CUCGUAUUCCAGCCAAAGCCGGUCACGUGACUGGUGUUCAUCUCCGUCGAGCGACCCUUGAAGCUGAGCCACUCUGGCCUCCUCAAAUACAACAACUCCCCAUUUGCCUCCUGUCGUAAUCCUCCCAUGGCAUAAAUUCUCACGACUGUACCUACCUACCCCUGAUCUUACAACCCUCCGCAUAUUGCACCAACUCCCCAGAUUCACGGAAUUGGCAUUUUCCAGCGCAUCUGUGACCGUGCGGAUCAUCUCGUGGUUUCCGUGCUUUUGGCGGGGCAAGGUCGCUACAGUAAACCUGGUUCACCGCACCGAGGGACCACUUGGUCGAUUACCAACUUCUUAUCAUCUCCAAACAUCCUCUCCCCACCUUCAUUCCACGACAGCAUCAAUAUGUCUUGGAAAUUGAGCAAGAAGCUCAAGGAUACGCACCUUGCUCCCCUUGCCAACACCUUCUCCCGAUCUACCUCCACCUCCACAAUCACCCCCGACGAUGAGAAGGCAGGCCUAACCAGCAGCUCCACGCCCACGAACGACAAUGGCAUAGCUGCUUCUGAGCUCAUAGCAACACAGCCCCCUGCCCCACCGCGACCCGGUAUCCUGAUCGUCACGUUGCACGAAGCUUCUGGUCUCCAACUCCCCGAACAAUACAAGCAAGUAUUCAACCAAAAUCAACAAAACUCGCUCUCGCAAGGGAAUGGAUUCGGUGUGGCUGGAUCUGUCCGGCCGGGCUCGUCACAACAGCAAGGGAGCGUUGCAGGUUCAUAUGUCAACAACACGCGACCACAGACCUCUGGAGGCUUUGCUGGAGUUCCGACCAACCACGGCAGAAUCUCCUCCAAAUACCUUCCCUACGCCCUCCUAGAUUUCGAUAAGUUGCAGGUCUUUGUCAACGCGGUUUCAGGAACACCAGCAGAUCCAUUUUGGGCUGGAGACAACACCCAAUACAAGUUCGAUGUCUCACGGGUGACUGAGCUUGCUGUACAUCUAUACCUGAGGAACCCAAAUGCACCUCAAGGAGCAGGACGAACAACCGACAUCUUCCUCGGCGUGGCCCGGAUCAACCCCCGAUUCGAAGAAUCACAUACCUACGUUGAAGAUCCGAAGUUGGGCAAGAAGGACAAGGAGAAGGCAUAUGUCGAAUGGCAACAACGAGAAAAGGGCCUGGGUCACUCCGGAAUGGAAUGGACAGAUGUACAAUUUGGUGCUGGCAAGAUUAAGAUUGGUGUGGAAUACAUUGAAAACAGGACAAGAUCAUUAAAGAUCGAGGAUUUUGAGCUGCUGAAGGUUGUUGGAAAAGGCAGUUUUGGAAAGGUCAUGCAAGUCAAGAAGAAAGAUACCCAACGGAUCUACGCGCUGAAGACGAUUCGAAAAGCACACAUCAUCUCCAGGUCAGAAGUCGCACAUACCUUGGCUGAACGAUCAGUCCUCUCUCAAAUCAACAACCCAUUCAUUGUGCCACUCAAGUUUACUUUCCAGUCACCGGAGAAGCUCUAUUUCGUUCUGGCCUUUGUCAACGGCGGAGAGCUCUUCCACCACCUUCAAAAGGAGCAACGAUUUGAUAUCAAUCGGUCGAGAUUCUACACGGCAGAGCUUCUAUGUGCUUUGGAGUGUUUGCAUGGAUUCAACGUCAUCUACCGAGAUCUGAAGCCCGAGAACAUUCUUCUCGAUUAUUCCGGACAUAUUGCGCUCUGCGAUUUCGGUCUCUGCAAGUUGGAUAUGAAGGACGAGGAUCGCACCAAUACGUUCUGUGGUACCCCCGAGUAUCUAGCGCCAGAGCUGUUGUUAGGCCAAGGUUACACGAAGACCGUCGAUUGGUGGACUCUUGGUGUUCUCCUUUACGAGAUGUUGACGGGUUUACCUCCAUUCUACGAUGAGAAUACCAAUGAGAUGUACCGAAAGAUUCUCUCCGAGCCACUCCACUUCCCAAGCCAAGAAAUUGUUCCCUCUUCGGCCAAAGAUCUUCUCACCAGACUUCUCAACCGCAAGCCCGAUCAACGGUUAGGUGCCAACGGAGCUUCCGAAAUCAAAGCACAUCCCUUCUUCCACAGCAUCGACUGGCGAAAGCUUCUUCAACGGAAGUAUGAACCUACCUUCAAGCCCAAUGUGACCGACGCUCUUGAUACGAAGAACUUCGACGAAGAGUUUACGCGAGAAGCACCAACUGAUUCCUUCGUCGAUGGUCAACCUCUAAGCAGCACAAUGCAACAACAGUUCACCGGCUGGUCAUACAAUCGUCCAGUUGCAGGGUUGGGCGACGCCGGCGGCAGCAUUGUUGAUGCGAGCGCGCUGGGUAGCGUUCGUGAUAGAUGAAGCUUUCGCCUGACGACUCGUCGAAACGACGCAUUAAGGGUUCCAGUUUCUCCAUAGAACCAGAAUCACGUGGUACUUUCAGUUUCUCUUUCCCAACCUUAGACUUGCCUCAGCCUGCUUUGAGGGCAUUGCUGUCGGAUCACCAUGGUCGAGUGUGGCAGACGUGUUUCAGCAGCAAGCCAGACUAUUUCCGGAAGUCGAAUCAUUGAAUUGAAUUGCAAUUGGGCGGUAUCAGAGGCGUUGAUUGAUUGGGCAUUGAAUGGAUCUGUAGCAAGCAAGCAGGGACGGGAUGGAGGCUGGAUUCAUCAGAGUUUGUGGUUACAGUAGCCUGCCUCCAUGAAAAUGAAAAGAGAAUAGACUCUGCACUCAUUCUUCCCCCUUGCUCUGCUCCGCCUCGUACCUCGGACUUAAGCCAAGCUGUGCUUACUGUGUGAUUUGAAUUUAAUGACAAACUGGAGUAGUGAAAAAGUAGAUGUAAUUUUGAUUCGUG